AUGAGGAAGCCAGGAGAUAACAACAAACACAUUUUUAAGCGUGAAAGUGAGAGCUCAAAGAUAACCAAGUUGAUGAGAAACAUAUCACCCCUUUUUUUUAUGAGUGAAUUUUUAUACAUUUUGUUUUUACGUUACAAUGAUUAUAUACUGAGUACCCGAUAUAAAGAAGAAAUAAGUGAAGACGUGAGGAAAAACAUAUACAACAUUUUAAUACUUCUGUACUUUUAAAACCCUUUUUGCAUUUUUAACGGAUAAUGUGUAUUUUAACAUAAAUAAUGUAGUCUCCUUUUUGACGCGAAAGUUGUACGAGUUAGGAAAUUUUUUGCAGAAUUUUUUUUAUUACUGUACCAGAACAGUGUGUAACGGGAAAUAUAUUUUUUUUAAGAUAUUUUUUAGCAACAAAUAUAUGAAGGAUGGAGUUUCAUCGGGGUCCCUUUUUUUAAGAAAAGCAGGCCUGAGUAAGUACUCCUACAUAGACAAUUUUGUGCAUUUGCCACUGAACAGGAAGUAUUAUAUCGUUAUAAGCGAAUUUAGCACCACAUUUUUGCUGCUAUUUAUAUAUUUUUUUAAUAACAAGAUGAACUGCUUUUCCUACCUGGCUGUCGUCUUUUUGGUUUCCAGUCAAAUGCUCCUAUCGUCUUGUGUUUUUGAAGGAAUCGUAGUCGAGCGAUGCAGAAAACAGAUACACGUUGAGAAAAUUUUCUACAUAUCUUACGUGAUGUGUAUAAAGAUUUUCUGUUCCCUUAUCCUGUACUAUUUGUACAUUUUAAAAAUAAGCAUUUACCUAUUAAUUUUGAAAAGUUUCGUCAUAUUCAUCAUUUCGUGUCUAUGUAGCGAAGAAACGCUUUUGCUAAAUUCGAGCUUUAAGAUACAACGGAACAUAAUACAGAAGAGUGAGAAUGGAGGGGUUCAUGUGAAAAACACAGUAGAUUUACUUUCGCAACUUGCACUUCUGAAGAAACUGCUGUUUAAGGAAAAUUUGUUCAAAAUACUCUUUCUUUUGAUUCUGUUCAAUUCGUCCAUUGACACAAAAUUUUCGAUGUUGCAGUACGGUGUGCAGAAUUACAGAUGGCCUCAUUCCCUGAUUAACUACAUCCCCCUGGUGUCGCAGACCUCCAAGCUGAUAGGAAUCUCCAUCUUCCAACUGUACACAAACAAAAAAAGUUACAAAAGUUACGCAAUGAUAACAAUACUGUCCAACGUAAUGCUGAAAAUAGCUAGCUUUAUUUUUUUGUACUAUAACAAGAGCACAUAUGUGAGCCCCUUUCUCUUCCUACUUAAUAUAAUCGUUCAGAAUGUAUCCAUCAAAAUUUUAGCCCUCCCCAUACUGCUCCUGUGUAUAGAAAAGGCGCCAUUAAAUUUGGAGUCCACUCUACUCAAUAUUUACAUUUUUUGUUUUAACUUGUCCAACUUGAUUAGCAAAAGAUAUUUCAUGUGGAAUCUCAUUUUGCACAUGUCGAAGAAUGUUUUUAUAAUUCUCCUCCUCUCCUUCUUAACCACGUGUAGCAGUUUACUCUACUACUUUAACUUAUCGUUAGAUUCGUUAAACAGUGUGAAUUCAUCCAUGUCGUGUUUGAACGAAAAGGAAAAUCUCCAUUUCAAAUUGAGUAAAUAUGACAAGAAAAAUUAUGCACCCCCCCCAUCGGAUGAUCUGUUUAAUACAUAUGAGAAAAAAAAUUCUUCCAAAAAGUUUGUUCGCUUUAGAGAAGAAAACAUAAAAACGGAAAAAUGCAAAAAGGAGCCCAACAAGAGUAAAUCCAAUUUGUUUAAAACCGCGCCAGAUUACAGCUCCGAUAGUGAUGACAAUCAAUGGCUCAUAAUUGACAAUUUGAAG